UAUUUAGCAAUGGAGUCAGACAUGAUAGUUUCUGAGUUCACACAUCCUUUUGAGAGCAUGACACAGACCUGAUACAUGGACUUGUUGUGAUUUUUUUUUAACUUUCCAGUGCAAUGGCGAAAGAGUAAUGUAUUUAAUAUGUAAUGUUGUUGUUGUUGUGUGAACACGGUUAGCUAGCCUUUCUAACAUGGAGGAAGCAGAAACAGCCGAGGAGCUGUUAGCCAAACAGCAUCGCAAGGAGAAGAAAGAGUUGCAAGCUAAAAUCCAGAGUAUGAAAAAUGCUGUACCUAAAAAUGACAAGAAAAGGAGGAAGCAGCUGACUGAGGACAUCAGCAAGCUCGAAGCUGAGCUGAAUGAAAAACACGAGAAUGAGCUGAGACAGCUGCACACGUCCACUCCUGCAGUGAAGGUUGAUGAGGUUACAGAUGCUGUUGAGUGCGUGACUGUGUCUGGUGGAGAGCAAGCAGAUAUCAGACAGGCCCGAAUAUCCAAAGCGCAAAAGAGAAGGGACAAGAAAGCAGCUCAGGAGAAGGAGAGAGAGAACCGCAUCGCUGAAGCUGAAGUAGAGAAUCUGCUGGGAUCUAGACAUCAGGAAGGACUAAAACUAAGACAGAAACUGGCAGAGAAGCAGCUGCAGAUUAAAGAGAUCUCAUCUGAUGGCCAUUGCAUGUAUCGUGCAGUAGAGGAUCAGCUAACAGGGCGCGGCUGUUCUCUCGGGAUCCAGCAGCUCCGACUUCAAACAGCUCAGUACAUGAGGAGCCACGAGGACGGUUUCCUGCCCUUCCUUACCAACCCCAACACAGGAGACAUGUACACUGCAGAAGAAUUUGAGAAGUACUGCAGUGAUGUUGCAGAAACAGCAGCUUGGGGUGGACAAUUAGAGUUAAGAGCCCUUACACACGUCCUCCAGUUACCGAUAGAGGUUAUUCAAGCGGAUUCUCCUGCUCUUAUUAUUGGUGAAGAGUAUGACAAGCCACCCAUCACUCUUGUUUACAUGAGGCACGCAUAUGGACUGGGCGAGCACUACAACUCCGUGGAACCACUGAAAGAUGCAGCGGGUGAAGAGCAACACUGAAAUAAUUUGUCCUGGAACCUUUUUCAAAUUACAUGGAGGCAAAUACACAAACAUGUGGCUUUGGUUGCUCCAGAUUUAGAGUAGAUGCUGAAACAGGAGAGGAGAGAUGGCUUCCAGAAGAACCAAGUGAUAAUGGCUGUUUUAGGUUGUAGACUUUAUGCACAAUAUUCCCAGGAUAUCAUCAUAAUUAAUAAAUGUGCAGUGGUUAGGUCUGAGGAAAUGGGCUACAAAGAAGCUUGUCUUGGAAUAAAAAAAA